CGUUCAUUGGCGGGAAACGAAAGAGAAUCUCUUUACAGUUUACUGUCUACCUACUGUCUUUACACAAAAUCAAUAUGUAAACAAAAUAAAUGUAUAAACCAUAUUAAACAGUAAAGCUAAUACACAGUUUCAAUGAAUUAUCAUAGUGAAUUAUUGAAAACCGCACAAUUUUAGCUAGUAUUUAAAACGGAAACACACCUAGUAACUUAUGCCUUUACAUAUUUAAGUGCUGAAACUGGUUACAUACCUAGUGAAAGAACCAUGCUGGAUAAAGAAUUGCUAGAUAAAUGUUAUUUUAUCCCAAAAGAUGUAAUGCUAAAAGUCCUUGCAAUGCUCGAAUCUUCCACUCCGUGGAAAUCGACAAGUGACAUAUGCAGAAGGAACUUGGCAUCAAUCCAAGGCUUUCGGAGUUCUCCCAAAUUCAGAGAUGACAGCCUGGCUCCUCACGGCCUAAAAAGUUUACAUCACUUGGCUCUCAACAAGGCUAUAUAUGCUCAAGACUGGGAUAAGCUUUUGUAUGUUUUGAAGAAAAUACCUCCUUGGAAGUUUAAAUUCUCUCGCCCCAGUCAUGCUGCUGUGUAUUAUCGGGCAAUGACAAUAUUACUGCUAAACCAUCCAACAGCUCAAGCCAACAGUCUCAUGAAUGAAUUCCUACAUAUGGUCCUUUCUUGUAGGUCUGAUGCUGACAAGAAGGCUAUUCUCAAAAUACUUUUAAGUUUACCUAGUAAGCGACACACACAAUAGAAAUCCUUGUAUUUAAAAUUGUGCAUUUUGUUAUUGAUUUUGAAGGAGCUGGAAAUUUUGUUCCAAGCAAUGAGUUUAUAAUUCAAGAGCUUGCUUACACUUAACUGGCUAUGUUAACAAUUUUUUGUUUUGUCUUAUUUUUUUCAUAAAUCUUUGUAAACAUGGUCUGCACCCACCUAUUUUAGUUCACAUUCUCAAUUUUAAUGUAAUUAUUACAGUUACAAUAGACAAUAGUGAAGACAAAAUUUUUAAUGUACAUAGUUAAUUAUUGUUAUGUUUAUUUAAUAUUGCUAAGUGUAAUUUUAAUAUUACAAAAUCUUCCAAAACUGUGAUGAAACACCAAUUAAUGUUUUAAGGUAAAUUAUUUUGUAAAAACUUGACAUAUAAUCUAUUUUAUUUUUUUGUUGCCCUUGUAGGCAGCAUAUGAGCAUAUGGCCCACUUGAUGGUGAGCGGUUACCGUCGCCCAUGGACUACAGCAAUACCAGGGACAGAGACAAGCCACUGCCUACCGUUAAGUACUCUCCACAAGCCUCGUUUGAAGAAGGGCAUGCCAUAGGGCUCAGAAACACCAUCUGUGUCUGUGUUUCAAAAUACUUUGUUAUUGAAUAAGUAUUUCAAACAAAUGCUUAGUGCAUAUGAAGAAGUGCUAAAUGUAAUCAGUAAAAAAUAUGUAUUAUACAAUAAAACAAUUGUUUAGUGCAUAUGAAGAAGUGCUAAAUGUAAUCAAUAAAAAAUAUGUAAUGUG